GUUAUGUGUAAGUGGUUUAUCUAUUUUAUUUUUUCUGCACGGAAACCUUGGAAUCAUUUUACCUUAUGGAAACACCCAUUCCCUUUCCACACCGCGACAACAAGCACUCCCAAAAUCAAUCAACGAUGGCUUCUCGUUCAUGGCGUCUUAUCACAUCUUGGCCUCGCCGUCUCGAUGCCUUACCUUGUCAAGUUGCAACCGCGAUUGAAACCGCCGCUCUGACAGUUCGCAUGGUCGUCGCUCAAUUCAGCGAUCCCGACACGGCCAUUUCGGAGGUCGCAACAAGCAGUGACCCCCUCCUGCGCUUUGCGCUGCGUCACGACGAUUGCGAAGAGCCCCUGUCGCCCUCUGAACAGCAUAGACUGGUCCAAGAAGUGUGCAAUGCACAUGGACUGAACGAAGCUGAGCUAUCCUUUUCGUCUCUCAUGAGGAGCGACCUCACGAACCGGAGACUAUGGGACAUCCCGGAGCUUGACAUCUUGCGCAUCUUCCAUCGCCGUGACGAAGACGAGCCCUGGGCUUUAGCCGAGACAACCGGCAACCCCAACGAGGCGAACGAAGUAGAAUGGAUGGGCGAGGGUACGUUACAAGUAGCCAUCGGGGAGCGAUCUGGCGAAUUCAAUAGGUCUGGGGACGACUUCCUCUACUUUUCCUCCGCCACCUUCCCCCCCGUUAUUCGCAUCAUGUUCAAUCCGCAAGGCGAAGCCGAAGAGACCAUUCAUACUCUCCGGUAUGUCUUCUUUGAAGGCCUAUUUCUGUGGAGAAGCAGCGAGACGGGCAAGCUCGAAGUCGGCAUACGCCCGGCCGACUACAUUCUCAUGGGCGUCAUCAGGCACAGGAGCGGAGAAGAUGAUAAUCUUGAGCGCGUGAGGUUUUACGGCGAUGGUGGUUUGUACGUCACACCGUCCCUCCCAGACGGCAAAUACACUCAACGCCCGUACGUCUCCGACGGAUGGGAGCUCGGAGAAGAAGGGUUUAUUUACACGCUGCUGUACAUUCCCAGCCGCCCGCCGCCCGAAGAUACAUACCAUGACGAGUUCAUUUCGGAAGAUGUCCUGCAACAGGACGGCAUGCCUUCUGAGUUAUUUGCCGGCGCAGAACUUUUCCCCCGGCUGCCGGGACGCAGGGCUGGGGCUUUAGACGAGGAGGAUCCUCAACCAACGAGCGCCGACUCGACGCAGCUGGAUCCAAUUGGUUUACAGGAGCUCCGCGCAGAGGUUAACGCAGCUCGCCAGCUCAUCGCUCAGCUACACGAAGAGAACGAGCAGCUGAAGGCCGAAAACAUUUCGCUACGGGAGCAAGGCCGUCGCCCAUCGCCAGAGGACUACUAGGGCGGUGAUGACGCCGAUCUUCAAGGGAGUGCCCGGGCCGUUCAUAGAAAAUACUACUGUGCU